AUGGGAAAGCGCAUUAUCGUCACUGGGGGUUCUGGCAAAGCCGGCCAAUACAUAAUCUCAUACCUCUUAGGCCAGGGUCAUGACAUCCUCAAUCUGGACCUGGCUCCCCUCCCGGGAAACCUAGGUGAUCGCGUACACACCAUGCGCGUUGAUCUCACCGACGCUGGCCAAGUAUACAGCGCCUUUGGCUCGCACUUCCAUUUAACAGAGCCAUUCCGUGAACCACUAGGCCUAGUCCCGGACGCAGUAAUCCAUCUCGCCUCAUACUCACGGAACAUGCUUGUCCCUGACACCGAGACAUUCCGCUGCAACACCACGUCACAAUACAAUGUCAUCGAAGCAGCGUCCAGAAUGGGUAUCAAAAAGAUCAUCCUAGCGAGCUCAGUCUCCGUUUACGGGAUCGCGUACGGCGAGGGUGAUCUCGAAUAUCCAUCUUUCCCAGUAGAGGAAGACGUCGACGCGAACCCGAUGGAUACAUACGCCAUCUCAAAAAUAUGCGGAGAGCGCGUGGCGCGUGGUUUCGCACGUCGGUAUGGCUCCGAUAUCUAUGUUCUUCGGAUCGGGAGAAUUGUGGCGCCGGAGGAGUACAAGGAGGAGAUGUUUGAUUCUUAUGUUAAGAAGCCGGAGGACUGGGCUGUGCAUGGUUGGUCUUAUACUGAUGCGAGAGAUUUGGGGCAGAUUUGUGAUCUGGCUGUUCAGAAGGCUGGACUGGGCUUCCAGGUUUUCAAUGCUGUGAAUGAUGAAAUCACGAAUUAUGAGCCGUCCGUUGCGGAAUUUCUCAAGCGAGUUGCGCCUAACACUCCGUUCACGAGGGACAUGGGCGCAAGGGAGGCUCCUAUUCCUAAUAGGAAGAUUAAGGAGUUGUUGGGCUUUCGUCAGAAUCAUCCUUGGCAGAAGUACUAUGAGUGA